CCUCAAGUGAUGCGUGCACGCGUGGUGUUAAAAUAUAACCAAGUCUUUAUAGCACAUCACACAAAGAACGGCUUCGUUAGUGAUAUGAUAGUGAGUGUCGCUUAAGUGCAACGUGCUUUUUGGCAGCUUUUAAAGGAAAGGAAAACUGUAUUCACAAUGACAGCGCCGGCGUUCCUAUGUGUAGACGCAACGUUUACAAAGAACGCAGACUGCAAUACACCUACAGUUAUUUCACAAGGAAAGAGGAGAGAUUAUGAAUGGCAAAUAGUAUGGAGAAACGUGCUGGCGUUUAUUUAUUUACAUGUUGCUACAUUCUACGCCUUUUACCUUAUAUUUACAGGAAGAACAAAGAUAUUUACUAUAUCAUUUGCUGUACUGUUCGCCAUUAUGUCAGCAAUGGGCGUGACGGCAGGAGCGCACAGAUUGUGGGCUCAUCGAGCUUACAAGGCACGCUGGCCCCUUAGGUUGUUUUUAGCCCUUAUGCAAACGAUGGCAUUCCAAAAUCAUAUCUAUGAAUGGGUGCGCGAUCACAGAGUCCAUCACAAGUUUACGGAAACAGACGCAGAUCCGCACAAUGCUCGCCGAGGUUUCUUCUUUUCCCACAUGGGUUGGCUGAUGGUCAGGAAGCAUAAAGACGUAUUCGAAAAGGGAGCGUCUGUCGAUAUGUCUGAUCUCGAAAAGGACCCCAUCGUCAUGUUUCAGAAGAAAACUUAUUUGGUAGUGAUGCCGCUUUUGUGCUUCCUCGUACCCUCUUGGAUACCAGUGGUAUUGUGGAACGAAAGCCCUUGGACUUCCUGGUACGUGGCCUCCAUGCUGCGGUACACUAUUUCUCUCCACUUUACUUGGCUCGUCAAUUCCGCUGCACACAUUUGGGGCAAUAGACCUUAUGACAAAUACAUUGGUGCUACAGAUAACAAAGCUGUGGCGAUUUGUGCGUUUGGCGAGGGCUGGCAUAAUUACCACCACGUCUUUCCAUGGGACUACAAAGCGGCUGAACUUGGCAAUUACAGUACAAAUUUUUCAACAGCUUUGAUUGAUGUUGCCGCUAAGUAUGGGUUAGCCUACGAUCUCAAAACAGUAUCCCUUGAAAUGAUCCGCAAGCGAAUAGCGAGGACGGGCGACGGGAGCCACCCCUCCGACAAGAAAGUCAAAGACUCCGACGAUGGUCACAAUCACCCCGAAAAUCCAGUUUGGGGCUGGGACGACAAAGAUAUGCCCGAAGAGGAAAGGAAAUUAGCUGAAAUUGCUCACAAAUUGCAAUAGUUAAGAAAUAUUUUUUUAGAGUAUUCACAUUAAAACAUAUUUGAGGUCAUUUUUAGAUGGUUCUAAUGGUGUAUUGGUUUAUGGUACUUUUUGUGUUCUCUAUCGACUGAUAAAUUAUAUAUGUAAUUAUUUUCCUAUAAUAUUUUCGUAACCUUUUUUUAAUAUAUAAGACUAACCAAAGUAUGUAGCAUAAACUUUCGAGAGGUACUCCUAAAUGGGUCAAUUUCUAAUAUAACUCGAUUAAUUAUUUUAAAAGUACAAAUCUCGUAUCAUACAAACACACAUAAAAAGCUUGUCAGUU